AUGUUCAGCAGCGCUCCUUCAGUGCCGCCGCGAACAUCAAGCCAUAUGGUGCAAAAUAAAGUUACCUUUAAAGGAGCUCAAACGUUCCGGGAAUCGAUUGGUGUUUUCCUCUGCUUCCUGCUUAGUCUUUCACUACUUGUUUCGGUUACUUGUCUAUGUGUUUACUAUUGGCGUGAUCGAGAAGUCUAUGAAGAACUGAUUGACUACUUGGAUAAAGCUAUCAGUAUAUCUAAAAUAAACUACAAUCAUUUGCUAGGGUUCUAUCAUCUCAGUGAGAGGGAAACUGAAGCGUUGAGCGAGCAUAGAACGUUCAAAACGAUCCUCGGUUGUUACCUGCUUGGUGACUUAGCUUGCUAUGUGUUUCUUGUCAUUGCCAUUCUUAUUUUCUUCACCGCCAACUUAUCGAAACGUUCUUCGCAUAUAGUGUUCUGGAUCUUCCUGUCCAUGGGUGUCCUUUACUGCAUCUGUGAAAUACAUGUGUUCACCUUUAUACUCUUACCAUACUCUGGGACUCUACCAAAUUCUACUGAACAGUUACUCAACCAUGCAAUUCCUCACAAUCCAGGUGGCCUGCUACAGAUGGAACAACGGCUAGGAUGUACAUUCGAUCACAACCUUUAUGCAGCUAAUAAGCGAAGGCUUAAUCCAAGGAAUACUUGCGAUCCCCAGAUUGAAUCUUCUUUCAUUCCACGGUAUGCACUCAUAGCACUUCUUGUUACACGACUUCUUCCAAUUGUCGUGUGCGCUCUUCUCAUAACGAAACGUACGCCCUUGAGUGAAUCAAUUGCAGUAAUUGUCGAGAAGUUGCGCCUGGUGGAGAAGAAAACUAGAAAAGAGUCUCCUGAUUCCGGAGGAAAGCCUGGUACGGUAGCGCCAGGUAGGACAGGGUUGCAGGAGUCAUAUAGGCUACCAAAACGGAAAAGGACUAGGAUGGUGGUCUGUACUUAUAACGCACGUACGCUUGCAUCGGAAGCGGCCAUCGAAGAUCUGAUGAUGCAAGCCAAGAAGAUCAAGUACGACGUCAUCGGGCUGACCGAGACGAGACGACGUCACCCUCUCAACGCCGUAUAUAAAACUGGAGAAGAACUGUUCUUAGGAACAUGCGACAGUAGAGGUGUUGGUGGAGUUGGCGUCCUCGUCAACACGAGUAUGGCAAAGAACAUCGACUCUUUCGAACAACUUACGACCCGAAUCGGACGUCUGCGGAUGAGAAGAUGUGGCCCAACACCAGCUUUGGCUAUCUUCGUCCCUUACGUUCCAACAUCAAGCUACGAAGAAGAAGAAGUCGAAGCUUUCUAUAUGGACCUGGAGAAGUUCUACCAAGAAGACCAUGCCUUCUACAAGGUCAUAAUUGGCGAUUUCAACGCCAAGACGUGGGAGUCACCCGGUGGAGGGUAUCGUAAUGAAAUAGACCACAUCAUCGUCAAUAAAAGGUUCUGCCUGACGGACGUCGGUGUUGUACCAAAGUUCUAUACGGGAUCGGACCAUCGCCUCCUCCGAGGAAGAUUUUCCUUCACAAAGAGAGCAGAGAAAGCCGCCAAGUUCAGAGAGAGAAAUCCCAGGGCUACCAUCAACUGGGAUCUCUUCGCUACGCUAGCCGGCUUUUGGGAAGAUUCCGCAAUGGGCAACAUCGACGAGGAAUAUGACCGGCUUGUUGAACACCUUCACGACUGCGUGAAGAAGGCUGAGAGUUUUAAAACCACCAAGAGGCGCCUGUCUCUUGAAACUCUUGAGCUGAUACGCCAGCGUAGAGCAGCACGAGCCGCAGGGAACCAAGAACUCACGUCCAAGCUCGCAAGGCUUUGCAGAGAGUCGAUAAAGGAAGACCUUAAAGAGAGAAGAGCAGAAGUGCUGGCUGAAGCUGCAGAGGCGGGGAAAAGCAUCCGCUAUGCCCGUCGAGACUUCGCCAGUCGCAAGACGAGGAUGACUGCUCUCCGGAACCCAAAGGGAACAGCCAUUGCAUGGAGAAGGGGGAUGGAGAAAAUCAUCUACGACUUCUACUCUGAUCUCUUCAACAGCCAUGUCCACUUGCCUCCUCACCAUCUGAGGGAAAAUGGACAAGUCACUCCAGAGGUUCUCCCGUCCGAAAUACGACAUGCUACCAUGGUUCCUAAACAGUGGAAGACCAGCAAGACCGUGUUGUUGUAUAAAAAGGGAGAUCCACAUGAAAACUAUCGUCCAAUCUGCCUACUGUCCAUCAUCUACAAGCUCUUUACAAGAGUAAUCCUUAAUAGGAUUGACAAAGUCUUGGAUGAAGGACAGCCAUGCGAGCAAGCAGGGUUUCGAAAAGGAUUCAGCACGAUUGACCACAUUCACACUGUUUCGAAACUCAUCAAGGUAUCACGAGAGUACAAGAUGCCGCUCUGUCUCACCUUCAUCGACUUAAAGAAGGCCUUCGACUCAGUUGAGACGGAAGCGGUCGUGGAAGCCUUGGACAACCAAGGCGUCCCUACCCAGUACAUAAAGGUACUUCGAGAGUUGUACAGUAACUUCACUACCGGAAUUUUGCCAUUCUACAAGAACAUCAUCAUUGACGUGAAGAGGGGGGUCCGACAGGGUGAUACAACUUCACCCAAAAUAUUCGCAGCCACCCUCGAGAACGCAAUGCGAAAGUUGGAAUGGGACGACAUGGGAGUGAAGGUUGAUGGUCGGCAGCUACACCAUUUCCGCUUUGCUGAUGACAUCGUACUGAUAACACCUAGCAUCAGCCAAGCGGAACGAAUGCUGACCAAAUUCGACGAAACAUGUGGAUGCAUCGGUCUUGAGCUGAAUCUACAAAAGACGAUGUGCAUGCGGAACGGAUGGGUCUCGGAUGCCCCAUUCACGCUCAACGGAACGAACAUAUCCGAAUGCACCAGUUUAUCUGGGUCGGGAACUAAACAUGAUGAACGACCUGAUCCCCGAGCUGGGCACGAGGAGACGAGCGGCUUGGGGAGCGUACAAGAGCAUCGAGGAUGUAGUGAAGAAGACCAGGAACACCCGGCUCCGUGCUCACCUCUCCAAAACCACCGUACUUCGUGCUUUAACCUAAGCUUCGGAAACCUGGGCAAUUCGCAAACAGGAGGAAAACGCGGAAGACCGCCGACCCGAUGGUCAGAUUUCUUCACGAAGUCCUUCAAAGAAAAAUAUGAUGCUCUUCGUGUCCCACGCGAAAGGAGGAACCACUGGGCUACUCUGGCACGCGAUCGGGACAAAUGGAAGAAUUACUGGCGUCCGCUCGACCAGUUCGAAGAUCAACGGGAGUCAAGACUCUAUGUGAAAAAAGAGCAUUACAGCUCAAAUAACUGCGAGAAGAAAGCACCACAACUGUCACAACCUCCUCGUGCCGGUGGGACAGUAACGCCAUUGCCUUCCAUUCCUUCAUCAAUGCGGAUUGAUCAUAGUGUUAGGGACAUCUGUCCGUUCGCCCUUUUCUUGCAGAUUAGAGGACGUCGUCUUCCGCGCCAUUUCUUACGACGAUCAGAGAGAGAUGAUGAUGAUGAUGAUGAUGAUGAUGAUGAUGAUGAUGAUGAUGAUGAUGAUGAUGAUGAUGAUGAUGAUGAUGAUGAUGAUGAUGAUGAUGAUGAUGAUGAUGAUGAUGAUGAUGAUGAUGAUGAUGAUGAUGAUGAUGAUGAUGAUGAUGAUGAUGAUGAUGAUGAUGAUGAUGAUGAUGAUGAUGAUGAUGAUGAUGAUGAUGAUGAUGAUGAUGAUGAUGAUGAUGAUGAUGAUGAUGAUGAUGAUGAUGAUGAUGAUGAUGAUGAUGAUGAUGAUGAUGAUGAUGAUGAUGAUGAUGAUGAUGAUGAUGAUGAUGAUGAUGAUGAUGAUGAUGAUGAUGAUGAUGAUGAUGAUGAUGAUGAUGAUGAUGAUGAUGAUGAUGAUGAUGAUGAUGAUGAUGAUGAUGAUGAUGAUGAUGAUGAUGAUGAUGAUGAUGAUGAUGAUGAUGAUGAUGAUGAUGAUGAUGAUGAUGAUGAUGAUGAUGAUGAUGAUGAUGAUGAUGAUGAUGAUGAUGAUGAUGAUGAUGAUGAUGAUGAUGAUGAUGAUGAUGAUGAUGAUGAUGAGGAUGAUGAUGAUGAUGAUGAUGAUGAUGAUGAUGAUGGAUGA